AUGGCGACUCGCAUUGCACCUGCAGUCAGGAGAGAAAUCCAACUGACCGACGCCGAGGACCGUUUGUGUACUUUACUCGACGAAUUUACGCGCCAUCUUCAGGAGAACAAGAACAUCACGACUGCGUGCAGGAUAAACGGAGGAUGGGUCAGGGACAAGUUACUAGGCAUGGACAGCAAUGAUAUUGACAUCUGUCUCGCCGAUAUGAUGGGUGUGACCUUCGCUGAAGGUUUCGUAGCAUUUCUGUCUGAGCAGAAAGAUCUUGAUGUGCACAAAAUCGCGAAAAUUGAGAGCAACCCUGAUCAGUCCAAACACUUGGAAACUGCACGGACCACUCUCCUUGGCAUAGACCUCGAUUUCGUGAAUCUAAGAAGCGAAGAGUAUGCAGAAGACAGUCGCAUACCGACUGAAGUUAAAUUUGGUACACCGCUAGAGGAUGCUCUGCGUAGGGACCUCACCAUUAACUCGCUUUUCUACAACAUUCAUACUCGUUCAGUUGAGGAUUUCACUGAAAAGGGCCUCGAUGAUCUACAAAACGGUAUUAUUCGUACGCCGUUGCCGCCACGUGAAACCUUCCUGGAUGAUCCUCUGCGCGUGAUACGAUGUGUUCGCUUUGCAAGCCGCUUCGGUUUCGAAAUAGAUCCUGAUCUGCAGCAAGCUGCCCAGCUUGAGAUAAUUCAAGACAACCUCGCACAAAAAAUCAGCCGAGAACGAGUUGGGGAGGAAAUAGACAAAAUGAUGAAAGGGCCGGAUCCUCUCCGCUCGAUACGUAUUAUUAAUGAUCUCAAACUCUACUGGAGUAUAUACCACGUCCCACCACAAACCAUCAGCAUCGCAUCGUCUUCUCCGAAAGCACAGGACCUUUCUUUACGCGCCGCUACCAUUUUGUAUGGCCUCCUUUCAUCCACUUCACUCAGCGAGGAUUCGAUACCUUUGCAUCCUACUCUCCGAUCGUACGUUCUGCAAGAGCCAGGGUGCAAGGCACGCCUGUUUCUUGCAGCCAGUCUCUAUUCGUAUCAUGGAAUCACGUACCCGGAUCAGAAAGGAAAGGAGCAAAUGCUCGUCAAGUGUGCAAUCCAGGACGGCCUCAAGCUGGGAAGACAAAAUCACUAUCUAGAUGGCAUACCUGCCCUGUAUUCUGCUGCUGACCUCUUGAAGGGUGUUUCUCUGGAGCAGGACAGGCUAAGGCUGCCUUCGGAAAGGGUUGCUAUAGGGCUUUUGCUACGACAGGAAACUGUCCAUAAUAUAAACACAGGUUCCCACUGGGCUAGCUCCCUUGUGUUCUCUCUCGUGUGCGAGCUUGUCUCAGCGUCUGAUCGAGAAGUAACAGCGGAGUGCAUUCAGUGUUACAACGCAUUGACGAGGCGGGUUGAAGAACUUGGAUUAGACAAAGCAGUGGAUGCUAAGCCGAUACUAGAUGUGAGAAAUUUUGAUCUCACUGGUCAGGCGAUCGCCCGCGCUAUGGACGAAAAACCUGGUCCAUGGAUGAAAGCAAUGGUUAACAGGGUGAUUGAAUGGCAGCUCGGACGCCCCGAUGGUACUCAAGAUGAUUGCCUGGCUUGGUUGAAGGAAGAGAAGAGUACAGGACGUAUCGACCUGGAAGAGCUAAAGGCUGCAACCAUGGGAAAUAAGAGAGUGCAGAAUGCAGACAAAGCGGCUUCUUCCAAGAAAGUUAAACGAUGA